GUGUUCUCUUCUCUCCCUUCCUCGAGUACAAUCUCUACUUCCUGGAUACGCCGUUACCAAAAAUAAUCAGGUUGGAUUUGCCAUUAUAGCUUAUACCGAGUUUCCGUCAACCUGUUGCAUUUACACACACGAAGACGCAUUUUUUAACGAGGAAUGCCCAUUAAUGUCAAGAAAUUAACGAUGAAGACAUAAUAUGGGACCGCGACGCGGUAGGCGGAGAAGUCGCAGAUAAAGAGCGCCACGUCAUUGAUCGGCGGAGGAGUCAGAAAAACGCCAUUUAGUUCGAGCUCCCCGCUUUGGACCUGAUAAUAGACAGUUGUACUUUACCAUUUGCUUUCACUUUGCUUGACAUUUUCUUACCUAAGGAGAACCAGUCAAUAGGUGGUUCAAAAUGACGGCGUCAAACUGGGGUCUCAUCAUGAACGUGGUGAACAGCAUCGUCGGUGUCAGUGUACUCACCAUGCCCUUCUGCUUCAAACAGUGUGGGAUAGUGCUGGGAACUCUCCUGCUGUUCUUCUGUUCGUGGAUGACCCACAAGUCUUGCAUGUUCCUGGUCAAUACAGCAAGCAGCACCAAAAGAAGGACAUAUGCAGGAUUGGCCUACCAUGCUUACGGUAAACCAGGAAAAACAGUGGUGGAGAUGAGUAUGAUCGGUUUGAUGUUGGGGACCUGUAUUGCCUUCUACGUCGUGAUAGCUGAUCUGGGCUCAAGUUUCUUCGCUCAGAUGUUAGGUUCACAGGUGACUGGCGGUUUCCGAGUGCUGCUGCUGAUCGCCGUGUCUCUGUUUAUCGUCCUCCCUCUGAGUCUGCAGAGGAACAUGAUGUCCUCCAUCCAGUCCUUCUCUGCUAUGGCGCUCAUGUUCUACACCCUCUUCAUGUUCACGAUGGUGCUGUCCUCGUUCAAACACGGGCUGCUCAGCGACUGGUGGCUAGGGCAGGUCAAUGUGGUGCGCUGGGAGGGUGUGUUUCGCUGUCUCCCCAUCUGUGGGAUGGCCUUCGCCUGUCAGUCACAGGUGCUGCCGACCUACGACAGCCUGGACGAGCCGUCCGUCAAACGCAUGAGCACCAUCUUCACCUCUUCCCUCAACGUAGUCACCAUCUUCUACAUCACUGUGGGUUUCUUUGGCUACGUCAGUUUCACUGAUAACAUCGCAGGCAACGUGCUGAUGAACUUCCCAUCCAACCUUGUGACUGAGAUGAUUCGCGUGGGCUUUAUGAUGUCGGUGGCCGUCGGAUUCCCCAUGAUGAUCCUUCCCUGCCGUCAGGCCAUCAACACAAUGCUUUUUGAGCAGCAGCAGAAGGAUGGGACGUUUGCUGCCGGGGGAUACAUGCCUCCUCUGCGCUUCAAGAUGAUCACCCUCUGCAUAGUGUUUGGCACCAUGCUGGGGGGCAUUCUCAUCCCCAACGUGGAAACCAUUCUGGGUCUGACUGGAGCCACUAUGGGCAGCCUCAUCUGCUUCAUUUGCCCUGCUCUCAUCUACAGAAAGAUCCAGAAGAAUGGCUUCAUUUCCCAGCUGGUGCUUUGCGUGGGUCUGGGCAUCCUACUGGUCAGCACCUUCACCACCCUCUCCAUUUCAUCUAGAAGCCCCGGCACCAAGGUCCAAGCUCCUCCUCCUCCAGCACCCGUCAAGCACAACCUGCCGCUACCGGACUUCCCUGAACGCCACGACAAUCUCCCAAACAAGAAGCCAGCGGAGAUAGAGAAACCUGAGCUUCCAGACGUGCAGGUGGUGCAGCCUGCAGAGAGGGGCCCAGUUGAGCCCCCCCAGAUUAAAGGACCAGUGGAACUACCUGACAGGAAGAAGGAUGAAGAGGUGCAGUUGGACCGCCCUGAUGCUGGUGUCGCGGUGCCAGAGGGCGAGGCCCAUCGCCACGAACCCCCCAUCCCUCAUGACCAGGUCCAAGUGGACACAAGAAAUGAAAAGCCAGGUUUAGGCCACGCUGUGCCGGUAGAGGACAAAAAAGACGACAAAGUUGAAGAGAACCCGAAGCCUGCUGAGGCUGUAGUGGGGAAAGAGGAAGUGGAUUUGGGUGGUGUUGAAGUCCGGUCCAAUGAAGUAGUAGAGAAGCCAGUUGCAAAGGCAGACAAGAAGCAGGACGUCCCCCCGCCAGAAGAAGAGGAGAAGCUCGAGCCUGUGAAAGAUCCUCUUGCAGGGAAUCAGGCUGCGGUGGCACAAGUCGAUAAAGCGGGCAAAGCUCCAGAUGCUGCUGGGAAACGUGAGGCUCCACUUCCUGAAGGAGAGCAUCCUCCUGCUGCAGACGAGGCUCCAGGUACAGACAGCAAAGAGACGGCAGACGAGAAGAUGGACGUGAUAAAAAAGCUGGUUGCAGAGGGCCAGCUGGACCACGCCGUGCUACUGCAGGUGAUCAAGGAGCAGCAGGAGCAACAGAAGAGACUUCUUGACCAGCAGGAAAAACUACUGGCUGUCAUAGAAGAGCAACACAAGGAAAUCCACCAGAAACAACCGGCUGGGGCUGCUGAAGGUGAGGCAGAGAAAGGCGUCCAGGAGGGGGUGGAAGAUGAAGCAGCAAAGGCCAAAGAGUCUGGCCUGGACUCAGACCUGAAGCAGCCUAAAGAGGAAGCUGGAGCCGGAGCUGCCGAGCCUCAUCCCGCUGCCCAGAAUCCAGUGCAGGCCGUAAAUAAGGAUGCUAAGGUCGCCGCUGUUCAGGCGGCUUAUAAGGAGGAUGGCGAUGUUGCACUCGGAGGAGAAUCCCAGAAGCAGAGUGAGCUUGGGGCAAGGGGAGUGCCGCUGGGAAAGAAAAGACCUGAUGACCGUCAGAUUGUACCCAAAAAUGAUCAGGCAGCUCAACUUAAAGAUGAAGAAAGAAAACUAGAUAAGGAAAAACAUAAAACUGAACAGCUUAAAAAAGAACAGAUGGAGGAAGAAGUUCAGGCAAGACAGCUUGAGAGGGACACAAAGGAAAAGAUGGCCAAAAAGCAGGAGUUAGAAAAUGAGAGGAUAGAGAAAGAAGUGCAGGCAAGAUUGGAAAAAGAACGGCUUGAAAGAGAGAAAAGGGAAAAGAUGGCCAAGGAGCAGGAGUUAGAAAAGGAAAGGAUAGAGAAAGAAGUGCAGGCAAGAUUGGAAAGAGAACGGCUUGAAAGAGAGAUGAAGGAAAAGAUGGCCAAGGAGCAGGAGUUAGAAAAGGAGAGACUUGAGAAAGAAAAGAUAGAGAAAGAAGUGCAUGCCAGGGUAGAAAAAGAACGACUAGAAAGGGAGAGAAGAGAGCAGCUGGCCAGAGAACAGGAGCUGGAGCAAGAGAGAGCGUUAAAGGAGAAACAGGAGAAAGCUGCAGAAGAGAGACUUCAGCAGGAGAUGCAGAAAACAGACAAUGAAAUACUUGAGAGGGCAAAGAAAGAGAAAGAGGCGGAGGAGGCUCGGGAGAGGCUGGCCCAGCUGGUGCAAGUCGUAGAAGACAAAAAAAAGGCUGCACAGGGGGCUGAGAGGGAAGACGGUGAAGCUUUGAAGAAAGGAGGACGAGACCUCAAAGAGGAAGUUGCUUCCCAGGCGGACCCAAGAGAAGGUGUGGAAGACGGGGCCGUCAAAGCCGAGGCUCGGCCCCAGGGCUCCCACGAGAAAUUCAGGGACCAGGGAGAGAUGGAUCUAAGGCGGAGGCGCAGGGCACUGGGACCCGAAGAAGCUGGAGGGCCCCCCGAGGACACCGGGGGGCCCAGGAGGAUGCCGAGGCUGGAGCCCCUGCUGGUGCUGGGGGGCUCCGACCUGCACGCGGCCCUCGAGGAGCAGCUACGGGCUGGGCCAAUGGUGCACAUGCGGCAGAUUAAACAGGCCUCAGAGGAUGAGGGAACGAAAUAAAGCAUCAGACACAGAUUCUCACUCAAUGAUCUGGCAGCAAGUUCAACACGUACUCCACAGCUGCAGGAAACUUCUAGUACUGUGAUACUGUGAUACUGUUGCCUUACUUUCUCUCUCUCCUUCAGAAAUGUUGUGGACAAAGAGGAGAUAGUUCCUCUACCUUGGUAGUGUCUACUGUGGAAAGAGCAAAGUGCAUGUAAAUAUUAACUUAUUUUUGUCUUUAGGGAAGACUAUUGAAAUGUAUAUAAAUCUAUGCAAAUACCAUUCCAUACAGUGAUUAGACAGGGAGGAUGUAUUCAUGUUUGUAAUUGAGUCACACAAGGCCCUUUUUUAUUCACCAGCUUUGGGUAGUUUGGCACUCUGAAGGAUCUGUUGUACUCUCUCCUGUGCCGAUUUUCUGUUAAAAGUUCAGUCUGUGUGUAUCUAUUACUUUGAGAUGUAAAUAUUGUAAUAUCUGUUACAGUUCAAGGUUUCUUUGAACCUACAUGUACCCGAUAUUGAAUGUAAUCUUGGUUCAGGUGCCUUCAGAGUUAGUUGUUUCACUAUAUUUUCAAAUGAAAGUACCUGAAUUCAACCUCAUGCUGGAGAUACACGGUAUGUAGCGUAGCCUUACAGUUUGAUACAUUGUGGACAAUGGAGCCGCUAGGUCCAGAUCAUCAUUAACCAAUCAUUCCAUCCUUAAUAUCUGUUCUUUGAUUUAUGAGUGCCUUCCAAUCCAUAUGCUGCUGUUUUAUCAAAACAAAAAUGUGGCAGUUUUCCCUCAAUUUGUUUUUGCUUCCACUCUUAUUGCAAAGAGUACAGUAAUUAUGAGAAAAUAAGUGUUGAGGAUAGCAGAAGGAAAUUUGGAGUGAGUUUGUGGUGUUUCUUAGUAAUCCAAUCUUUCUGAAAAUUUCUGUUGGACCUUUGCUUUGUACAAGAGGCUAUUUUUCUAUGUGCAUUGUAUUUAUGUACAUUUUACUUAUAAAUAAAAUAAGUACUGUUACAUCCAUG